GCUUCGAUAAGAAUCAAUACUGUCAAUCUAUGACGCAUUGUAGAUUAUCUACCAACUUCGAAAUCAUAAACAUUGGGAAGAUUUCCAUUCGGCUAGUCGAAUGAGAUUAUAAUUCUGUUUUCGCAUGUCACGUCUCUUUCUCAACUACUCAGGCUACAAGCCUCGCAGUCCAGACAGCCGGGUAACGUCACAAUAACGAUUUCUCUGAAAACCUAAUAAUGACAACUCGCGCUUGCGGUUUUGUUAUAUUUCGUCGUAUUCAAGGAAUGAUCGAAUACCUUUUAAUGCAAACAUCUUACGGCGAGCAUCAUUGGACACCCCCGAAAGGUCACGUCGAUCCCGGUGAAUCGGACAUAGAAACCGCGCUGCGCGAAACUGAAGAGGAAGCGGGUUUGUUCGCUACUGAUCUAAAGAUCAUCGAAGAUGCGAGAGAAGAAUUAAACUACAUAGUGAAUGGGAAACCAAAAAUUGUCAUUUACUGGUUAGCAGAACUAUUGAACAGUGAUAAGCCUGUUCAGUUGUCGCACGAGCAUCAAGCAUUUAAGUGGCUUCCGCUUGACAAAGCUUGUUCUCUGGCAAAACACCAAAAUCUGCAGAACGUCUUGAAAAAGUUUGACAGUUAUAUAUCGAAAAAUCUCUCCUAA